AUGCCCGACGAGAAUCCCCCGCCCUACGAUCCGACCAAGCUCAAGGACUUCUAUAUUCAUGAUGUUAAGUAUAAGGAAGUUCAUCGAAUCCCAAUAUUUCUCUCGAUUCUGGUUCCCAAAGUUCUUAUCGCCGAGGGAGCCGACUUGACGGAAAGGAGACCGUUGAUUACCACUUUUCAUGGCGGGUUCCUCAUAGGAGGAAGUCGGCUAUACUCUCAGUUUAUACCAAACUGGUAUGUAUCAAAACUGAUGAUGACACACUCUCAUGUACACGCGUGGACUAUUGAAGCUUCAAGCUUCUGGAACUCGGUGUGUCUCAACGAGCAAUUUUCGUUUCUCCCAGACUAUCGUCUCAUGCCUGAAUCAACUGGCAUGGAUAUUCUCUCCGAUAUAGACAGCUUUUGGUUAUGGCUUUCUGAGAGUCUGGAAUUGAACUUGACAGCUCUCUACCCUCAACUCAAUCUCCGUGCAGAUCUGGACCGGAUAUUUCUCACUGGAGAUAGUGCCGGUGGCUUCUGUGUAAUACAGAGUCUUCUCCGAAAUCCCGAGCUUAACAUCAAAACUGCCGUGGCAGCUUAUGCUAUGGUCGAUCUUCAUCAUCGAUACUGGAGUGAAAGUUACAACAAGCCAAUAUUUGGAGCAGCUACUGUGCCAACCAUUGUGAUUGAGAACCAUUUAAAGAACCUCGCUCCUAAUGCUGUGUUCUCUGGUUAUGAGGAUCCAGUCACAGAAGCUGGCCUGGCUCGAAUGCAAGUCACGCUGAGCAUCAUCCAGAAUGGAAAGUUCUAG